AUGAAUCGACAACGAGAAGCCGAAAAGGCUCUACACGAUCAAACCAACAUUUUACCAUUCGGGCAACUUAUGGUUGUCUUUACAGGCCUGGCAAUCUCAUUACUGAUUUGCAUGGUGGAUCAGAACGGUAUUAGUGUGACAUUACCAACAAUUUCACGCGAACUAAAUGCCGAGAAUACUAUCUCAUGGGCGGGAACUUCGUCGCUGAUUGCAAAUACCAUGUUCACUGUGCUCUAUGGUCGAUUGUCAGAUAUAUUUGGUCGAAAGAUUGUGUACAUCUCCGCACUGGUGUUACUGUGUAUCGCAGACCUCCUCUGUGGCCUGUCAGUGGACCCGGCUAUGUUCUAUGUCUUCCGAGGCUUAGCUGGUGUGGCCGGCGGUGGUGUCACCUCUUUGACAAUGAUUAUAGUCUCUGAUAUUGUUACAUUAGAGAAGAGAGGCAAGUAUCAGGGAAUUCUGGGUGCGUCUCUUGGUGUCGGAAAUAUCAUCGGACCAUUCCUAGCCGCUGCAUUCAUCAUGCGUUCAACAUGGCGUGGCUUUUUCUGGUUGAUCUCUCCAUUGGCCGCUUGCUCUGCCAUUGUGGGAUAUUUCCUCAUCCCAAACAAUGCACAUAAGGAUAGCUUCCGCAAAAAUAUCUCCCGUAUUGAUUGGUUCGGUAUUCUUGCGUCUUCUAUUGGGAUCAUCUUUCUGUUGAUUCCCAUCUCAGGAGGUGGAUCAUAUUUCCCAUGGGAUUCACCGAUGGUUAUCAGUAUGCUGGUGAUCGGAGGUUGUGCCUUUAUCGCAUUUUUGUUCAUUGAGUGGAAAGUGGCUACACUGCCGAUGCUACCAAUUGUUUUCUUCAAGAACAAAGUCGUCUCUGCAAUUUUUCUGCAGAGCUUCCUGUUUGGUGCAGUAUACCAAGCAAACCUUUACUAUCUGCCGCUAUACUACCAGAAUGCCCGUGGCUGGUCACCCAUUGCCUCUGCUGCCUUGACGAGUCCUAUGGUUGCUGCCCAGUCGAUUUUCUCUAUCACAUCAGGGCAAUACAUCUCACGCAUGAAGCGCUAUGGAGAAAUUAUCUGGAUUGGAUUUGGGUUGUGGACCUUGGGCUCGGGGUUAAUGCUGUUAUUUGGCAACCACACCCAUCCCGCUGUAAUUGCAGUCAUAGUGGCAAUCAUGGGUAGCGGGAUCGGCUUUACCUUUCAACCCACCCUUGUCGCCUUGCAAGCCCAUUGCACAAAGUCCCAACGAGCAGUCGUGAUAGCGAACCGCAACUUCUUCCGUUGCAUGGGAGGUGCUUGCGGUCUCGCAGUAUCGGCUGCCCUUCUUCAAGCGACCCUUGGAUCUAAUCUACCGGCAAAUUUCGCAUACCUAGCGAAAUCAUCGUACUCGCUUCCUUCGAGAUCGAAUCUUAGUGCUGUUGAAUGGGCUCAGAUAUUGCUGGCUUAUAGCAAGGCAUCUCAUUCAGUCUUUAUUCUACAGGUCCCGCUUAUUGGUAUAUGCUUCCUGGCAUGUAUCUUCAUACGUGACAGAGGCUUGGAACGGCCCAAGGAACCAGAAGAGAUCGAGGAAGAGAAGAGGAAGGCCCAAGCGGAGAGAGAUGCCGAGGCUGCGAUUCCUGAGCAGCCCUUGGAAGAAAAUACCCAUCACCAGAUAUCCUACCAGAUUAAAAAGCGUCCUUCUCUGUCGAGAUUUGCCGAAUCAUCGAUGCCACCUUCCCGUGCGGAACCAAACCUUGAAGGAGAUGAAAAGAAGUAG